AUGGAGCCGGGGCUGGAGCGCUGGGCGUACGGCGCUCUGUGGGCGGCGCUGGCCGGCAGCCUGGCGCUGCGGGCGGCUCGGCGGGCCCUGGGGCCGGGCCGGGGGCUGGUGCUGCCCCUGGCGCUGCUGGCCGGGCUGCAGAGCCUGUGCCGCGCCUGCCUGCCGCUGCCCCUGGGGCUCGCCCUGGCCGCCGCCGCCGCCUGCCUGCUGCUGUGGCGGGCAUCGCCCCGCAGGCUGCUGCCGGUGGCGGGGAGAGCCGUCCUCGUCACAGGCUGCGACUCAGGCUUCGGGCAGGCGACGGCACAGCACUUGGAUGCCAUGGGCUUUCGGGUGUUCGCCAGCGUGCUGGACCCGCAGGGGCCCGGCGCCCAGGAGCUGCGCAGGAGCUGCUCGCCGAGGCUGACGCUGCUGCAGAUGGACCUGACGAAGCCGGAGGACAUCCAGCGCGUCCUGCAGCACGUCCAGGCCCACACCAACAGCACAGGGCUCUGGGGCCUGGUGAACAACGCCGGCUUCAACGACACCAUCGCCGACGCCGAGCUCUCGCCGCUGGGCAAGUUUCGCACCUGCAUGGAGGUGAACUUCUUCGGCUCGCUGGAGCUCACCAAGGGGCUGCUACCCCUGCUCCGCUCCGCCGGUGGCCGCAUCGUCACCGUGAGCAGCCCCGCGGGUGACCUGCCCUUCCCCUGCCUGGCAGCCUACGGGGCCUCGAAGGCAGCCCUCAGCCUGCUCAUGGACACCUUCCGCAGCGAGCUCCAGCCCUGGGGCAUCAAAGUCAGCCUCGUCCUGCCUGGCUACUACAAAACAGGGACGACGUGCGACCCUGCCUUCUGGAACCUGCAGAAGCAGCGGUUGGUGGCCAGCCUGCCCCAGGAGCUGCUGCAGGCCUACGGCGAGGAUUACGUGGAGGAGAUCAACCGCCAGUUCAUCCAGUUCAUGAAGGUGGCGGUGGAGGACCUCAGCGCGGUGGUGAACAGCAUCACAGAUGGGCUUCUGGCUGCCAACCCAGCCGUGCGCUACUACCCAGGGCAGGGCCUUGGGCUCAUGUAUUUCAUACACCGCUACCUGCCCUAUUUCGUCCGAGACUUGUUCUUGAAAGGAUUCUUCAUCAACCCCAAGCUGCCCCGAGCGCUGCGGCGAGAGCACCACGACGACGCGAAGGCGGCCUGA